UCUAAGGUAUGUAUUGAAAAGAAUAGUUACAAAAUUCAUACAAUGAAUUUAAAGUGAUAGUUCUCCUCAAACUAGCGAAAGAAUGAAGGAAUUGCUGCAUCUGUUUCAUAUUCUUUGUGGCAUCCGCAUUGUGUAUUCGGCUUCUAGAACCGUGUGGAAUCUACCACCAGUUAGCCAAUACCAUUACAUAGAUGAGCUGAGCACCUUCAUCAGGCACGCAAAAUACAUUCAGUUUGAUGUCAAAGGCUGUAACGACGCUUGUUUUAUUCUCUCAGAGCAUCGAAAUGAUUCUUCUCACUCGUACGAGAUUGUCGUCGGGGGUUGGGAGAACUCAAAAUCUGUAAUACGGAAGUGUAAAGGUUGUGCUUCCAUGGCAACAGCGUCCCACAGACCAAUGUCUUGCACAGAGUUCAGACCGUUUUGGGCCAGCUGGGAAAACGGCAUCAUACGGGUAGGAGAAGGACUGGAGGUGGGCGCAGGAACAUUCAUAGAGUGGUCUGAUGAAACGUCACAUCCGGUCAACUUUUUAGGAAUUUCAUCCUUUAAUACUCCGACAUCUUGGAGAUAUUUCAAAGGAAACGUGUCAUCACUGGAAGCAGCGCCCGGAGAAUCAAAUGUCAUAAAGUUAGAAAGCGGAAAAUCAGUGGUUGUUAAAUUGACGUUUGAAGCAGCGGAGAACUCCAGUUAUGAAUUUUCAGCCACCCUGGACAAUGGAAUUGCUAUCAACACCUCGUCUUCUACGAUUGAGAACGGCACAAUUAUCUAUGUUAUCUAUUCACACUUUAUGUCCGGAGUGAGCUUUGGUAGUUACUUAGUUAUCUUCUCAAUGGUUGAUAACAUGAAUUCAGUUGCUGCUAAGGAAAAGGAAAUGGUUUUGCAAUAUGAAGAAAGAAUAACAGGAUUUACGAUUUUGACAAACAAUACCAUUUUCCAGUGGAACCGAGAGGGUUCCGUUGAAGCAUCAAUGAGUUCUGGUUCCAAUGUUGUUACUGAGUGGUCUUGGAGUCCCUCUCAAUCCGUUAUCCACUCUUUGAAGUGCAAUGGUAGUUCCACAUUCAGCGCCAACUUCACCUAUACAAAUACAUCGGAAGGGAGCCAUUUUAAUGUUUCGGUCACAGCAUUUAACAAUAUCUCUAAUGCAACUGCACAUUUUGCAGUUAGUUUAUACAAUGGUAUUAACGGCGUGAGCAUUAAUUGUUCUUCAAAGGCAGAAUUAAAUCCUACUGCGAAUGUUGUCUUGAAAAUGUCAUCUACGGAAAUCCCACCCGAUGGUUUACUGAGAGCGAACUUGUCCUACGGAAAUAACGAUGAAGACGAACAACUUGACCUGUACACUAGGUUAUCUGAAUUGACCAGUUCUGGAGUCAACAUUACAAAGGCUUUUGACACACUUGGCAACCACUCCGUCAUGUCCCAUUUCUACACAGAAUAUGACGAACAAAUCUUGACAUGUAGAAUUUUGGUGUGUGAAAAUUUGACGGCCGUUCUCAAGUUUGAUAAAGUCCAAAAACGUAAUGAAACAACUACGUUUUACUUCGAAAACAAAACUAUUUUUGAUUUUGAUUUCGUCGUUGACUUUGGAGAUGGCACAGUUUAUAAAAACUCCGAUGUGAAUCCAAACGAUCCCUAUAACGUUACCACAAUUAACAAAACAUAUACCACCUUUGGUGAAUACAAUAUAACAUAUACUAUCUGCACUGCUUGUCUUUGUACAGUGGCAUCCGAUCUUAUCAACGUCCUUGAUGGUAUAUCAUUCUUUGACGUUGCCACCGGACAGAAUUAUUUUGUUAAACUUGAGAGCAGGGGCAAUGCGGUCGUAAGCCUGGUUUACGACACUAAAGAUACGAACUAUUCACUCACUUUGACAGCGUGGAUUAAGGGUGGACUAAGCCUUGACGUAUCGACAGCCUCCAUUGACAGAAGCGAUGAAACUGUGACAUAUAAUCUGACAUACGCGUUAGUUGAUUCUCUUUCAUAUGGCACUUAUGAAUUGGUUAUGAGCUUGAUGCAGACAACCAGUGAUUACAAUGAUACGAUGACAAAGACGUUGAUUUUAUAUUACGAAGAGCCAAUAACCAUAACAAAGCUCACCGUUUUACCAGCAUAUGCGGUUGACGAGCCUGCUUUCAUCAAUCUAACUUUUGAUGGUUCAAAUGUCAUUACGGAAUGGUUUUUAGAUGGUAAGGACUAUUGUAUUAUCAAUCAUACUGGAUUUGGUGAGCGAAACGUUACUUUGAAUUCAUCAAUAACCAAAGGAGGGCCAAUCAAUGUUACGGUCAUUGUGUCUAACAGUAUUCACAGAAAGUCUGUAAGUGUUGAGACACAUGCACUGUAUAGAAUCAACGGCAUAUCAUUCAGUGUUCUUAACCCGCUGAUAGAUACUCUCCAGGGUGCAGUCUUCAAUGUUACACUCGAAUCAAAUUCUCUCCAACCACAAGGAACGACCGAUUUAACCAUCAACUUUGAUGACGGUUCCAGUGAAGAAAAACACUACAUUUACAAUGAAACAUCUCUCGUAACCAUGCAGCUAUCUGGGUUUUCAGUGGCACACAAUUUCACUAAACAAGGGAACUUCAGCGUUGUUGCAAUACUCCAUACUGAGGUGGACACAAAACAUUUUGUAACGAAUGUCUAUGUAUGGGAUAACCUGGAAAAUGUUGAAUUCAUCAGUAGCAAAAUGUUUGCAAGGGUUAAUGAAACUAUCUAUUUUUCUUUUUGCAAUCCACCGUAUUCUAACUUUCACUACAUUAUCACUUACGGCAGUGAUUCACGAACAGAAAACAUUUCGACUGACCUUCAAGAGAGAUAUGUACAAAUCAGUCCGUUGUCAAAGUCUUUUAACUCUUCCGAAAAGUAUUCAGUCACAGCAACUAUAUUUAAUUCAUUUUAUAUCAAAGUUGUCACUUUAGUAAUUAAGGUGGAAGUUCCGAUUACGCCGGAUGAUUUUACUUUAUCACCAGAGAAAGAGGUGAUCCCUAUACCGGAUGGUGUUCAAAAAUUCAUUUUGCAAUACAACAGUUCAGAACCAGUACCAACGGACAUGCUAUGCACUUUUGAUUUUGGAGAUGAUGGUAAUUUAAGUGUCUUUUCAGAACUGUCGGACGACAAAUCUAUUGUUAAAACUCACAACUACAGCAGCGAAGGUGUAUUUAAUGUGUACUUAAAUUGCUCAAAUCAUGUUAGUGAAAUGAACAAAUCUUCAACUAUUGUUGUCCAAUCCUUCAAUUUAAGUGACUUCAAAGUUUUUUACGGCGAUGUCGUUAAAGUAAUGAAUAUGACAACAGAAGCCGUGAAACCAAAUGAAACCUAUAGACAUAAUUCCAAACCAGUAGUUCAAGCAGCAAAUGUUAGUUUUUACAUAUCGUUAAAAAAUUGUUCAAGAAUGCCUCCUGGGAUAUGGAUCAAAUGGGACUUUGGCGAUGGGACCAUUGAAACUAAACACCAACGCUCGUUAUCCAAAACGCACACAUUUAGGAAAAAAGGAAAUUACUCGAUGACUUUUUUCUUUAACGAUACCGGAACGAACGAAGAACAUUCAUUUUUUUACGAACUAAAAAUGGGAGUAGUGGACUUUUAUAUUGAUAAACCGGUAGGACUUGUUGAAGGAAACAGCCUCAUAUUCCAUGCAACUGGGAUGAACAACGCAACGUACACCUUUGAUUCAGAUUCAAGCAAAGCGACAAUGGUGCCGAUAAACUCAUACUCAACCAACGUUACUUAUAACGAAUAUGGCACAUUCUUACCAAAGGUAACUGCAAAAAAUGCAAUCAUGACAGAAGUGGUCUACUAUACCGAUAUCAUAAAGGCGGAUUUUUCUCUUGAAAACAUUAUCUCAAUUACCGUUCCUAAUAAAACUGUUCUUCUUCCACCUGGAACCGUUAAUAUUUCUGUUGUCUCUACGACGCCUUUACCGUUCGUUACAUGCAUGUUUAUAUCAGGAGAUUUCAUAGACAAAAAGAUACACACCAAAACAGCAAAUAUCACUUCGUCGGAACCUAUGGUUUUUCCAUACACGUAUUUAACAUUGGGCUAUCAUUCCUUGAAAAUGAAUUGUUCAAAUUAUUAUGAAAGUAUUACACUAAACGAUUUUAUAUUGCAUCUUUAUAAUAAAUGUUUUUCACCUCAUGGUAUAUUUGAUCGUAAUUACGCUCUCUACGACAGACCACUGAAAGCGUAUACUUCGAAGGAUUUAUUUGUUUCGAGUAGAAUGCAAGUCAUUUGCAUCGAUAAAACAGCGAAUUUCGAAUGGGAAUAUUUUAGAUAUUUGAAUAGAACGAACAAAACAAUAUUUAAUUAUACAAGCUCUCUGAAUCCGCUUCAAGGCGGCAACGUAUUCACAAGGGGAAGCGUUCCCCCGGGAACUUAUGAAGUUACGUUAAACAUUUCUCUUGAAGAAACUUGGCUGAAAGAAACAAUGUUUAUCGAGUUCAUAAAGCCAGCGCCGUAUGCCUUUAUCAUUGGAGGAAGGAUGCGGGCAGCAAAAUUCCUACAGAAGAUUAUUGAAAUUGAUGCUUCUUCUGGGUCCUAUGACGGGGCAAAAGGAUACGGAGAAAAUAAAAAUCUUACUUACAUUUUUGAUUGCAGAAUGUUUUCUUCCAAUGACUACAGAAAAAUAGAAAGCAACCAAUGCAUCGGAUAUUGUAAUAUGACGAGCCAACAGGGAGAUACAACAGUUUUGGAUAGAGGAAAAAGAUAUCUUGACGUCACAACCGCUAAUGGUUACGCAGUCACAGUCAACGUUAGCGACGGUCAGAAGUCGACAUAUUUCACACAACUGAUAGGAAUUAUAAAUGGAGAUCCCCCAGAAAUGCUUCUCAACUGCAGUAUGAACUGUGCCGAGAAAUAUGCCGUAACGUCUAAGAUGAAGCUGUACGCCGUGUGUUUGGAUUGUCAGCCCAAUGAAGUACCGAUAUUUUCAUGGAGACUUUACAAGCUUGUGGGAGGGAAAGGGGAAGAAAAGAAAGAAGUAGAAGUAGAUAAUUUUAUCAACAUGACAGCGACAGGCAACGAUUCGGCAACUAUGGUACUGAAGGAAAACUCACUUGAACCAGGAGAGCGUUAUCUGUUAAAACUUGAAACAUCUUUGGAGAAUCGGGAAGGAACCAGUACUGUAGCCAUGGACAUCAGAACAAAUUAUCUACCGCACCAUGGAGACUGUAAAGUAGUUCCAGAGGAAGGACAGGCAAUGAAAACUACCUUUGACAUUGUCUGUAAUAAUUGGUUGGAUGAAGGAAGCAGACUUGAGCGCAAUCUCGAUGUAGACACUAAAGAACAAGAGCCAUUGACGUACCUGUAUGAAGUGGUGUCAAAAUCGAACGCUUCCGGAACUGUCAAAGAAACGAAAACUGCACUUUAUAGAGGAGGAGAAAGUUCCGCCAUAAAUAUGCAAUUACCUCUUGGAAAUAAAGAUUUUAAUUACACUCUGGAUAUUCACGUUUAUGUAUUUGAUAAAUAUGGUGAUUACAAUUCAACAACGGCUCAAGUGAAGGUAAAACCCGUAGAGAACUUCAUUCCAACAGAUGAUAAGGACACAAAAGCUUUGGAUGAGCUCUUUGAUUCCUUUUCCGGUCUUUUUAACAUAACUGCAUCUGGUGGAAACGAUAUGGCAGUUGUUCGUCUUGUCGGUUCUGUGUUGUCCUACUUCAAAGAAUCAUCACAAGAUGUCAUUGAACAGACUGAUGAAGAUGAAGACGAUGGUGAUGAUGAUAACGAAGAUGAAAGUCUGAGCCCUGUGACAGGACGCUACCAAAAGGAAGCAGUGAAAAUCGCAGGUGCAUUGCUGAAUACUGUCACCCCCGGAAACAACACGAAGCCUAAAGUAUUCAGUCCUGCUGAUGGUCAACAGAUAUCAAGUACUCUAAUGUCUGUCACCAAGAAUCCUGAUUUUAUUACAACAGAUUCUGCGGAAAACAUAACUGAAGUCGCUACAACUAUAAUGGCUAGUAUUUUAGAAAACGCAAACAUACUGCCGUUUCCGGUAGAGAGUAUUGCUACCAUUGCUGGCGCUAUAGAUAAUACCCUAUCAUCGUUGGGUCAGAUAACUGAUACGUUGCUUCCUGAUGAAGUUUAUGACCCGACUGAAGUAAUAACAGAGGAUUCCAUAUACCAAAACCUACUCAAGGAAUACAAAAGAGAUGUUGAUUUUAGAAACAAUAUAUCACGCAAAGAUCUAUGGAGACGAGCAAAGAAAAAAUACAAAGAAGUACAGAAAGCCCGGAAUAAACAAAAAGGAAAAAAAUAUUUCGCAAAGAGAACAGCAAAAUCUAUAAGAAAAAUACUGGAAGAUAUUGAAAAGGCAAUGAUUGUGCAACAAGAAGUCGGGGAGGGAUCGAAAAGUGUAAUUGAUAAAGGGAUUAAAGUAACAACAGAAGUGGGUACUCUUGGUAACAUUGUCAACAAAAGUCAGUCUUUAUAUCAGGGAGUUCAAGUUGAUUUUGUUGAAGCAUCAUCAUCUUUUAAUGAUACGCUCCUACUUGAGCCAACAUCCAUACCCACAUCAACUCAAAUUCCAGUAAUGACAUCUAAUGUACUAAAUGCGUCAUCCUUAAACGAUUCAAACCCAGAUGCCAAUACUAUUGUCCAAAUUAAGAUGUCAAUUACGACGAAAAAUCCACUCAUGUAUGGUAAUAAUUCAAACCUUCUCACUUCCUCAAUUGCAUCCGUCAACUUAGAAGGAAAUAUUGCUCCAACCAUCAAAUUCAAAAGUAAACUGCCUGCAUAUAGAUAUAUGCAACGAUACACACCGAAGACAUUCCCAGAAGAUCCAGAUGGCUUCAUGUAUCUCAGAAUAUACGUAAAGAGCAAAGAGGAUACACUUAUUGCAUAUCUAAACCCAGAAGACCUUUCCAGCGGAAGUGAUAACCUGUACACAAUAUAUUUAGGCAAAACUAAUUAUCCCCGACAAAGCAAAGGGAAAUAUGUUUGGAAAAGAAGGCUCUCUGUUCGGGACCUGACAAAAGAUGGAUUUAAAUUUAUUAUUCCACCAAAUAUAUGUGAUGAGGGAGUCUGCUAUUUCGGGAUUAAACCCAUGAAAGAUGUAGCUAAUGUGAAUGAAAAAAGAUCCUCAAGGAAAAGAAGAGCUACCCAGGAUCAUACAAAUUCAAGUAUUCAUAGUACUAUUCAAAGCAUCGAAGACAGUGUGAACACAUCACAAAAUAAUUCAAUAUUUGACUCAUCUUCGUCAAAUUUUGCAUUUGCUGUUGCGACAACAGGAUGUCGGACUUGGGAUGAGGAAGAACAGGACUGGGUGUCAACCGGAUGUCAGGUAUUAGAGAGUAGCACGUUAGAGGAGACAAAUUGUAGAUGCACGAAAACAAAGUCAAGGGGAACUAUCUUUGCCACCACGUUUUACGUUCCUCCAAAUACUAUAGAUUUUGAUAACAUUCAGAUUGAUCUGGAAAAUGCUGCAGUCUAUGGAACACUGAUCGGGAUCUUUUCCGUGACGAUCGUUUGCAUGAUAAUUUUAAGAAAGAAAGACAUAAAGGAUCUUGAGAAGUGGUCAAUUUACUUUUUGGCGGAUAGUGAGGCGACGGACAGGUAUUUCUAUCUCAUAACAGUUCAUACAGGAUUCAGGAGAGGAUCUGGUACAAAAUCUAACGUCUGUUUCGUAUUAUCGGGUGAGGAUGACGAUACUGGGGUGCGUCUACUGACCGAUGGAAUAACGGAGGGAUUUGAAACAUCAAGCAUUAAGAGAUUUUUUAUGGGAACAAGUGCGUGUCUUGGAGAUCUAACUUAUUUAAGAAUAUGGCAUGAUAGUGCAGGUUGUGGAGACCUUCAAAGUUGGUAUCUGGAUAAAGUUAUAAUCGAUGACGUACAAACUCGCAACAGGUACACUUUCCUUUGUGAACAAUGGUUGGCUCUUGAUCACGAGGAUGGCAAAAUAGAGAGGAUCAUUCCAGAGUGUGGACAGAAUCAAGAUUUUAAAAUAUUGUUUUCCCAGCAUAUUCAAAAGAGUCUCACAGAUAAUCAUCUUUGGUUGUCUAUUAUUAUCAGACCGGAAAAGAGUAACUUUACGCGAGUACAGAGACUUGCUUGCCUUGUUACUUUUUUGAUAUUGACAAUGCUUACAAACGCCAUGUUUUUCAAAUCCACAGAAGAUAUACAACCUGCAGACGAAGUUAAAAUUGGUUUCAUUCGAUUUUCAAUGACUAAUCUUAUAGUUUCAAUUCAAAGUAUUCUCAUCACAACCCCUCCAGUUAUCUUUGUUGUGCUUAUUUUUAGAAAAAGUCGUCCGAAAUUUGCUUCAAAACCUAACGAUAAUACGACAGAGAAAUCAUUAAACAAAAGGGUUUCAAAACUUAUAAAGGAUAAGAGUUGCUUUAUAAAGGAAAAAGAUCCUUUAGAUGAUGCAUUUGUUCAAAAUCGUCUACCAUUUCCAUACUGGACUAUCUAUAUAGCAUGGAGUAUUAAUUUUUUGAGCAUAGUCGGAUCUACGUUUUAUCUUUUUCUGAUAAGCAUGGAAUGGGGGAAAUCAAAGUCAGAGGAGUGGAUCACAACUUUUAUCUUAAGCUUCCUGGAGUCAUUCUUUGUAGUUGAUCCAGUAAAGAUUACCAUACUCGCCUUUAUUUUGGCCCUCCUGUUCAAGAAGUCUCCUGAUGGCGAUUGCCCUUCAGUGUCCAUCAAAACAUUACAAAAAUCAAUUUCAACUUACAAAUCGGAAGUACAACGAGCUGAUAUAGUAUUUAUUCAAGACCUAAUGAAACCAGACCAAGAGACCGUAAAAGAAGACAUAAGAGAAUUAAAAGCACAAAGAGAGCAAGAACUCCAUGCUAAGGAUGCCUUGUACACGCUUCUGUUCUAUGCAAUAUUUAUGUUUGUUAUUUAUAGUGUAAGCUACAUAGAACGUGACCAGAGAUCAUAUCAUUUGAAACAAAAUAUUUACCAGCAACUGUUUGGUAACAACACAUUAUCAAAGAUUGCAAAUACCAAUGAGUUCUACCGAUGGAUGCGUGACGCUUUUAUCCCAAUGUAUUACCCUCUGACGAAUUACGCAGAUCAAGAGUUAACUUCAGUUGAUAAACAAUGGUUUGGAGAUAUGGCAAAUAUAAGAGUUGGACCAGGGAGGAUUCGUCAAGUUCGGAUGAAUAAAGCACAAUGCGACUACGAAAAACUGACAGGAACUCACUUGUGUUAUGAAAAGUACAAUGAAUUCGAAGAAGACGAAAGUGAAUAUUGCCUGGGUUGGAAACCUUAUAACCGAACCGUUUGUGAUUCUGAAGAUUACAAACUAGAAAAAUUUACCGCAAGUGCUUGGAAAUUUACAAAAUCAGCCGAUAUAUGGGGAUCUUCUAUGAUGGGAGAGUAUACCGUGUAUGGUGGAGGAGGAUUUAUCGUAAAGUUUACUCAAAAUCGUGAAACGGCCAUCAAAAUGUUAUAUGAAAUUGAACAAAAUAACUGGAUUGACAGAGGAACUAGAGCAAUCAUUGUCGAAUUCACUUUAUAUAAUGGCAAUAUCCAUAUGUUUACGUAUGUAAACCUUUUCAUCGAAACAACCGAAACAGGUGGAGUAUUUCUAUGGGUUGAAAUUAGACCAUUUAGACCCUUUGACUCGUUAAAUGUGAUUGGGACAUACCCUGUAUUGUGCUAUAUUUUAUUCAUCAUUUAUCAAAUUGUCCUGACAAUCCAAACAAGCAAACAAAUUCAGAAAAUAGGUGUAUGUUCCUUUGUUAAAAGCGCAUGGAAUGUAGUUGAUACAGUUUGUUUAUUGCUUGGUUAUUUCGCUAUUGGAGCCUUCAUAACUCGAAUGAUGUACACUAAUACUGCUAUGACCAUGUUUUAUGAUGACUUGGGUACUAUUGGUGAGGACAGUUUCGUAAACUUUAAUCACAUAGUUAUCUGGGACCAAACGUAUACCACUGUCGUAGCCUUGCUUGUAUUCAUUGCAACUCUGCGGAUAAUAAAAAUUCUUGGAUAUAAUCGGAAAUUUACAGAAAUAAUAUCCGUUAUUACCACAGCAUCGACGGAAUUGCUAAGCUUUGGAAUAGUAUUUGCUUUAGUUUUCUUUGCCUUCGUAUUUUCCGGAAGUCUUCUUUUUGGGAAAAAUUUAGAAGAAUAUCGAGAUCUGUUUAAUGCCUGGGCCACCCUUACAAAUACAUUGAUCGGGAAAAACUCACUUCGUGGGAUGGCUAUCGUUUCACCAUACAUAGCAAAGAUUUACUAUUUCGUUUACGUGUUUUUUGUCUUGUUCACACUCAUAACCGUGUUUGCUGCUGUCUUAAACUCCAGUAUUACAUCCGUUCGAAAAGAGACUGCCAGCAUGGGAGAAAUAUUCGGCAUUUUUGACAUGCUAAAAAAAACAUUGAAAGGUCUACUUGGAGUCGUUUAUCGGGGGAAAUCUGGGCACGGAUAUGAGAAGUCAAACAAAUACCUGUCCUCUAAAGUUUCAGUAUCUGCUAAAAUUGAUACUCCUACCAUCCUAAGGAUACUCAAAGGAGCUUUCAAUAAUACGGAAACUCUUCAGGAUUUAAAAGUUAAAAUAAUGGGAAAAGAUUCCAAAGAUAUGCAUCCUGACAGCGUGUGUUCGAAAAAAGGUCACAUGUUACAUAGUGACGACACUUUACGUAUUUCUAGUGAUACCGAGAGACUUACUGGAGUCAAUACUCCGCGAGACAUUGAUUUGUUACUCAACUAUAGCAGUUGAACAACAAUACGCAAUCUACAAGUUAUAUUAUUGUGUUAUUUGUUGUCCUCGCAUUUUAAAUUUUUUAAGCUUUGUUGAUAAUACGCAUUAUAAUUUUCGUUGUUUUUUGCUUACAAAAUAAAAACGACUGGUAUAUGCCAGAAUAAAUAUA